AUGCCAGUCUUUCCGCGUUGCUCCUGCCGUGUGCGGGGCGCAUCGUGGAGUGCGCCGUCGUGUGUCUCGGGCUCUCUGAGCGGACGAUAAUGGAGGCGAAAUUUUUCUUCCUGCUGUGGGCCUUCGGAGGAAUCGUUCUGCCCUGCUUGUCGGGUCAACGCGCCUACUUCGACGACAAGUGCCAGUGCAAGUGCGCCAACUGCCCUCCAGGCCAGCGCGUGUGCCCGACGACCAAUGAGUGCAUCGACGAAUUCAAGUGGUGCAACGGUGUCAAGGACUGCCCGGACGAUGAACAAGGCUGCGAUGACACCGAACGACCUCCCGCCAUAUCUCCCUGUACGGAACCGACGAAACCAGCUUGUCCUGAUGGUCAGGAGGCAAAGAUGACGUAUGACACGAAGUGUCCGGAGUACAAGUGCGUUCCCUCAAACGGCGACGGCGACGUAUGCAGGAUUCUCUCUAACGCUGCUGUGUGCACAGUGGAAGGUCGAUCAAUUAAGACGUUCGAUGGCCAGCGCUUCACACACGACGUCUGUGACCACAUCCUGUUCCAGGACAAGGUGGCGAAGCAGUUUUCGGUCACUGCCCACCGGCGCUGUUCGAGGCGCGGAGCCGCGGACGUGUGCGAGACGUGGGUGUCGAUCAUGUGCAACGGCACCUUCGUCAAGCUGGGUCCCACGCUGUCCGAAGUGAGCGUGAACGGCAAGCCCGUGGCGGUACGCAGCCUGGGCGCCGUCAGCAAGAGGCUCGGAGACGUGCACCUGGCCCGCAGCGGACAGCGGCUCGUCUUCACGUCGGUGCGCCACAACUUUGAAGUCGCCCUCGACGAACGCCGCACCGUCAAGAUCUCGGUGUCGGACUGCCUCUCGUCUAAGACAAGCGGCCUGUGCGGCCUAUACGACUGGGACGCCAACAACGAGUUCCGCACGCCCGACGACAGGCUGCUGAACAACGCCAGGGACUUCGCCAACAGCUGGGCCACGUCUGGUGCGGCGGCCGCCAGUUGCAAGCAGCCCAUGUGUCCCAAGGAAACCCGCGAGAGGGCCGAGAGGUGGUGCCAGAGGAUCGCGUCGCCCCCUCUGUCACGCUGCAUCGAAGACAAAAACCUGGUAAGGUCAUCAGUCAGCACUUGCGCAGACCUGGUGUGCGACUGCGUGGCCUCGGGCGACGGCGACGCUAAGAAAUGCAUGUGCAAUGCCAUCGAGGGAUUCGUGUCCACGUGCAAGGCCUCUGUGCGGAGCCAGAUCUCUUCAGAGUGGAGGUUGUCGCUUGGAUGUGCGCCCGAGUGCCCUGCCGGCAUGGAGUGGCGCGAGUGCGGGCCUUCGAGCGAGUGCGAGCCAACGUGCGAGAACGUGCACCGCGGCAAGGACGGUGCCGCCGACGACUGCCCCGAGGAGUGCGUGGCCGGCUGCUUCUGCCCGCUGGGAAUGGUGCGCCGAGGGGACGCCUGCGUGCCGCCCAGCAUGUGCCACGAUUGCGUGUGUCGAGGCCACGGCGAUCCGAACUACAUCAGCUUUGACGGCCGCGAGUUCUCCUUCCAAGGCAACUGCAGCUACGUCCUGGCGCAGCACAUCUCGGGCGACAAGACGCUCGACUUCCAGGUCGUCGGCGUGAACGUCGAGUGCCCCGAGGAGCCUCGCACGACUUGCACCCAGGGCCUCACCAUCAGCUAUGGCGAUAGUCACGUCAGGAUCUCCAGAGGGCGGAGAGUCCAGUUCGACGAAAGCGAACUUCAGGAUAGGGACUUCCCGUGGAGCAGGCAAGGAUUCAACAUUUCCUGGGUUCCGGGCCGCACUACUGUCGUGUACGUGCCAGCGAUCAAUCUCGUGGUGCGGUUCUUCGAGCUCAACUACGGCUUCAGCAUAGAAGUGCCCUCGUUCACGUACUCCGGGAAGCUGACGGGGCUAUGCGGCGACUGUGACUUGGACGAGAGCAACGACCUGCAGCACCGCAGCGGCUACCAAGUGAGUGAGGUGCGUGACUUCGCCUUCAGCUGGCUGGUCGAGGGCAGCCCGGAGAUCUGCACGGUGCUACGCGCGUCGAGCCAGCGGCUGGUGCCUCCGGAGGUGUGCCGCUUCCAGGAGAACGCGUGCGAGCUGUACGUGGAGCCCGAGGCGUACCAGCGGGCCUGCCUCAGUGACGCCAGCUACUCGCGCAACCUGAGCGCCUCGGUGUGUCGCUCGAAGCUGCAGUACGCCGAGCACUGCUGCGCCACGGCAGAGGUGUCCGUGCACCGGUGGCUGCAGGACUCCGGAUGCGAUUUCAGCUGCCCGAAGAACAUGGAGCUGCGCUGCGACACCGGCUGCCCCAAGACGUGCGCCAACUACAAGGAGCCGGAAAGCGCGUGUCCCGUGAUGCCGACGUACUCGUGCUUCUGCAAACGCGGCUUUGUCCUCAAGAACGGCGAAUGCGUCGACGCUAAGCACUGCGAGGCCUGUGACGAUCAGGGACACCUGGUCGGUGACUCGUGGCAAGUGAGCCCCUGCGAGACGUGUGGUUGCGGCGAGAACCGGAAGAUUCGUUGCACCAGCAUCAUCUGCCCGCCCCCGCCAAUCUGCAGAGACGACGAGAAGCUGCAGCAGCUGCCGAAACAGAACGGGACGUGCUGCGAGGCCUACCUUUGCGAUGCCAACUUGAUAUCCACCUGCAAGGCACCCGAACCGGUCAUAUGUCCACCAGGCGCCAUAACCAAGAUAAAGACAGACAGCUCCGGAUGCCCAACCCAUGUCUGCGAGUGCGACCCGAAGAUGUGUCCGCCACUGCAUUGGCCCGUCACCCUCGACCCUGGACUGGAGGCGUUUGUGGAACAAAAGGGUUGCUGCAACAAGGUGUCCGUGCGGUGCAACCUAAACAAGUGCCCCGAAAUACCCACCUGUCCGCCUGAGACUGAGCUGGAGAACGCGCCAGGAGAGUGCUGUACAGUCUACAAGUGCAUGCCCAAGAAUAAAUGCGCUUACAUACACCGCUACAAGGUUGUCAACGGCAUGCAGAUCCAGCUACAUCCUGAGCAGCGCUAUCAAAAGAUGUAUCCUGUGGACUCAAGCUGGACGGACGGACUGUGCACCAACUGCACCUGCACUCAACACUUCCAUCAGUACCAGUACAGCUGCAGAGUCGAAGUGUGCCCUAGCCAUCAGAAAGACAGCGAGGACUACGAGUACUCGGCGUCUUCGCGCAACUUUGGCGUGUGCUGCCCGGAGGAGCGGCGCACCGCAUGCCGUGGCACCGGCCAGACGCGAGCCAUCGGCGACUCCUGGGAGGAGCCCGCCGACGGCAAGUGCCGUUCGUACCGCUGCGAAAGGUCGCCCACCACCGGCGAGGCCGUCAAGGUGGUGCUCACGCAGAUCUGCAACAACACCUGCCACUCGAGUGAAAAGUUCGUAGAACCUGCUCCAGGCUCCGGAGAUUGUUGUGGACACUGUGUACGCGAGUACUGUGAUGAAGGCGGAAAACUGUACCAGGUCGGCGAGACGUGGGUGUCCAAUGUCAGGCCAUGCUUCGAAGUAAAAUGCGUGCGCAAUGACCGUGGUGCCGUGGAAAUGAAGUACAUGCUCAGGCCGUGCCCACCACUGCCAUCCAAUUGUCCAAGAAACAGCAUCGUGCGCGACGAGACCGGAUGCUGCCAGAAGUGCCAAGUUAUACCAGGUCCCUGUGCGCCUCGCAUUCUAAAAGAACAACAGACGGUGCAGUACUUCUUCCUGAAUGACCCAAACCACGGGUUCUGUUCAAACAAUGACGUCAUACCAGGUCUGGCUGAAUGUCAUGGACAAUGCACUUCGAGCACUGUUUACAGCCCGGAGACCAACAACUUCACGUCGAGGUGCAGCUGUUGCACCAUCACGGACUCCGUGCCAAGAAAUGUGACGCUAACGUGCGAGAAAGACCAGAAAACCCACCGCAUCCAGAAGGACUACCAGAACCCGACCGCGUGCAGCUGCACCUCGUGUGGCGAGUCGCGUGAUCCCUCGGGCGACAUCAAGGUGCCCAUACCACUCUAAUAGGGGCACGCCACCGGGCAGCGCCCGAGCAUGGAAAUGUGCCCAGACCACCAUCAUCACCUCAUUGCUCCUGUGCCAUGAAAGUAACGUCAGGAGAACAGCGCUUGCAAAGCUAUCAUGUAAACAUCGUUCGUUAUUUGUCACAUCAAUAAAGUGCAGUUUUAUAAAUGG